GUUACAGGAGGUACGCCUUUACGGCCUGACGCUUGACUCUUCCUGUGUGUGCUCUGCAGCUAGCUUAGCCUCGCACAGUGUCGGAAUCGGUGGCGCUCCCGUCUCUCCAUCAUGAAUACUGUUCUCUCCAGAGCCAACUCUCUGUUCGCCUUCUCUCUGAGCGUCAUGGCGGCUCUAACGUUCGGCUGCUUCAUCACCACCGCCUUCAAAGACAGAAGAGUUCCCGUGGACAUCCACGUCUCCAAAGUCAUGCUGAAGAACGUCGAUGACUUCACAGGACCCAGAGAGCGCAGUGAUCUGGGGUUCAUCACCUUUGACCUCUCGGCUAAUCUGCAGCCAAUUUUUGACUGGAACGUGAAACAGCUAUUUCUCUAUCUGUCUGCCGAGUACGCCUCAAAGAGUAAUUCUCUGAAUCAGGUGGUGCUUUGGGAUAAGAUCGUCCUUCGAGGUGAAAACACAAAGCUGAACCUCAGAGGCAUGAAAUCUAAAUACUUCUUCUUUGAUGAUGGGAACGGACUCAGAGCCAACAAGAACAUCACGCUGACGCUGUCAUGGAAUGUUGUUCCCAAUGCUGGAAUCCUGCCUCUUGUUGCUGGGAGUGGACACGUCAGCCUCCCCUUCCCAGAGUCGUACGAGACCACCAGGAGCUACUAGACUUAUAGAAACACAUACAUCCAUCCAUCCAUCCACAUCAAUACACACACACACACACACACACACACACACAUACAUACAUACAAGAGCAUUCAGGUGCAGACUGAUGACUUACACACAAUACACUGGUUUUUCUUAAAACUUGUAAAUUAAUUUUUGAUUUGUAAUAAAAGUUGAGACCGGAGCA